CCCCUCGCGCCCCUCCCUCCCGCGGUGCCCGCGGCGCCUCACCUCCCGCCGCCUGCUGCUCUGCGUCCGUUUGCUGUGCUCAAUUUCGCCUUCGAAGCAUCCUCUCCACUGAAAUGCCGUCUUUUUAGAGUCCACUUCUGGCGUUCUUGUCAUUUGACUAGACGUAAGACAGGGAAAAGAACUUGAUGUAGUUUUACCUGUAGCUGGAUUUCAUCCCGCUGUGCAGUUUGCACUUUGGCCGGGGCCCCGGGGCAGGUGUAACUCCAGCGAGACUCUGAGCUGCAUGUGCCGGACACACUCACGCUCAGGACUCACACCUUGGCUGUGUUUUGAGUCACUCGUGAUAAAGAUUUUAAAAAGUCCCCGACAGAUUCAGUGCGCUGUGAAGUUUCCUCCUCUCCACAGCGUUUUCUGGAACAAACCACCUUUGUUCCCUUGAGUGUCACGUUGCUUAUUCUAACUCCUCUCCCGUUUCUUGGAGAUGUUUGCCGAGGCUGAGGCCGUGCCGGGGGUUCCACGCUGGCCUUUCCUCAUCCCUCGCGGUGAGCAGGCACCUUGUGUGUACUUGGAGUGGCGUCUCCUCAGAGUCUGGCUUUCAUUCUUAACUCGGGGAGGCAAGGUUUUCCUGCACUGGGCGCCAGCCCUUUGUGGGCCUUGGAUGGGGCAGCUGCCUUUGGAGGCUGGGAGAGGGAGCCCCAGGCCACGGGCUUCUUCGCGGGGCAGCAGGAGCCCCAGACGCAGGGUUGGGCUCCCGUGCAUGGACGUCCACGAAGAUGGCGGUGGGGUCCCGAGGCCCCGAGCAGGCUGGAAGGGCCUCGCCCCCCGGCCUUCUCAUCAAUGGAGCCCUUGGUCUAUAUGGCGCGAUCGUCCCGUGGGAUGGGGACCUUGAGCUGCUGCCCUGUUGGCCCCCGUGCCCGCCAGCCUUGAGUUCUGAGCACACUUCUCCCAGGUCAUCGAGAAGGGUAGCCCAGAGCUUUGUUCCUCACGCCGGCCCGUGUGCCCGGUGCAGGGUCUGUGGCUGUUUCUGUGGCUCUGAAGCCCUGUGUUGUGACUUUGCUUUUCCUUUGUGCAGCUGUGUGUUCUAAUGGUGUUGGCUACAGAAAUUACGACCGGUCAGUAGCCGCGUCCGAAUCCCCCACUUUGGUUUUGCUUUCGUAGGUACUUGACAGCUACAGAAUUUCUAGCCACUCACAUUUCCUGGGAUGUAAAGCCGUUUUGGGGGGGCUGUUUGGUUAAAGUGGCCAUUGGCCUGGUGCAAUCGAUCAGGUCUCAGUUACGUUGCAGGAAGCAAAACUUCGUAUCCCGUAAAUUUUGAACGCUCUGCACUGGUGAUGGGUUACACUGAGGUCCUGACCCCCCUCAUUAAACACAGAGUCCCCUGUAAUACUGUCCCCAUUAUGAAUAAAUUAGGUAUUAAGUCAGUCGCAUUUUGAGGAGCAGAAAAUGGGUCUGCGCGUCUGUGGUCCUGCACCACUUCACUAAAACUCCUAAUAGAUAUUAAAACUUUAAGCACAAUUGUGGCAUCUUUAUCGAGUUAAUUUUCUUGAAAUUAAAUUUUGUUGUGAAUUGACUCAUUUGGACCAUGGACUGAUCGUUGAACUGACAGUACCCUCGUCGUAAACCUUUUCAUAUCUUAAAAAUUGGGGGUAUUUCUAUUUCACAGGCCCAAGUAACCAUGAAAUUGUAUUGCAUCUUUUGGCAAUGAAAGUACAUAGUAAUCGUAGGACGGCAAUCGGGUGAUUACUCUCCCUUAAACCAGGGUGUUUAUUAGCUGGGCCAUUACAGGUUUCAGUAACUCUUUAAUCCCUUACAAGCAAGGUAGCUUAAAAUCCUCUUGGGGCACGUGUCAACAAAAGGCUACCCAUAAUGUGCCCCAGGCCGUGGACUAGCCGAUGGCACAAAAACGCGUGAGGGGCAUUAGUUACAAGGAGGAAGAAAGGCAAUUAAAAAGCGCAGAUCAUCCAGAAGCAGCCGAAGAGCAGGGAGGUGAGCCCUGCCCCCUGGGGGCGUGAUGUGCCCCAUGCGAGAAGUGCGCGGGGUGCGGGCGCCGUGCAGGCUGCUGUGGUCCAGCUCCCAGAGGGAGCCGAUGCAAAGGGUGCGUCCCACCCGCCAUAGCUGGAGCCGACACCUCAAAUGAGAGAGAAAACUCUGGGCCCCUGUGCUGUGCUGUGGGUCCACGGCCGCAGGGCUGAGGCCGUCGGGGCAGCCGGGAUGCGCUCCGUCCUGCCCGUGUCCUCCCGGCCCUCGCUUCCCCUCUCGUGGGCUCCCCUCCACGCCCCCGCUCCAUGCGGAGGAGGCGUGGGCUCCCUCCCUAGCGAGCGAGGGCCCCGCGGGGCUGACGGGAGGGCACGCGGGUGUUUCCAGGCCACACCUGCCGCCUCCUGCUGCUACCUGGACAGUGAAGUCGAGCCCGGCCCUCUGGGUCCGGCCCCGAGGGCCUGGGGGGCCAGUCCCAGGCUGCGGAGGGCUGGGGCAGCAGGCCGGAAAGCCGCUCGGCUGCGCGUUUCGGGGGCUUGGGCUCCAGGGCACCCUGCCUGCUGGCGGGCACCGAGCGGCGCUUCAGCUCUCGCCCCUCUGUGCUCAGAGCUGCUCUGCGCCUCGAGGCCUGCGUUCCAGCUUCAGCGGGCCUCCCUCGGGGUCUUUGGUUUCACGCACCUUCUCUGGAAUUGCUUUCCUGUGGAAAAACAGCCACAGAUGCGGCUUCUAUUUUAUCGUAACGUGGGUGGGCCCCGGACGGUGGCCGUGGCUCGUGGCUCGUGGGCCUCUGCGUCCCUGCGAAGCCCAGGGCUGCACCUCGGGCGUCUCCCGGCAGCGGCUGGAGUCCUGGGGAGUGCGUGCGUCCCUGUCAGCGCCCUGGGCGCAGAGGUGGGUCCUAGGGCUGCGCUCUCUCCCCGUGUCCCUGGCUGCACUUUAUGUCUGGAGGCCUGGUGGGCACAGGCGACUGACUACAGGGACCGCAACCCCCGACUCCCGGGCCAGCUCCUCCCCCGGCAGUUCCUGGGACAAAAGCCGCCCUUCUGUCUGAGCUGCUUGACCUCCUCCCAGACCAUGGGAGUAGGUGUGCCUGUGCGCUGUUGAGGAGGGUCCCUGGUCCCCCAGUUGCUCGCUCUCUGGGAUAUGUGCUGGGGCUGCUGUCCCACCACGCGGGCAAGGACCGCGUGAGCUUCUCCCGGUGUCGGCGGUGCGGCAAACCCCCCUCCCCCACUGUGAGUGGGACUGUCCUCCCCCCCCCCCCCCCCCACCAGGGGACCUGCCCGGGAGGAGACAGCCAGAGGGGUCGGCACCUGCUGAUCUCCUGAAAGAUGGGAGAUCGAAGUGCGUUUCCUGGUUUGUAUUUCUUUUCUCCUAAAUGGCAUUAGAAUGUCGGCCAGCUCAAGGUUGCUUUAGCUGUUCGGGGUCUUUUGUGGCUCCAUACAGACUUUAGGUUUGUUUUUCUGUAUCUGUGAAAAAUGCCGUUGGAGUUUUGGUAGGGAAUGCCUUGCGUCGUUUUGGGUAAUAUGGACAUUUUCACAGUACUGAUUCUUUCAGUCCACAAAUGAGGAGUGUCUUUCCAUUUAUUUAUGUCUUCUCCAAUUUCAUUCAUCAGUGUUUUUUUUAGUUUUCAGUGAACAGAUUUUUCACUUUCUUGGUUAAAUUUAUUCCAAAGCAUUUUGUUUUUGAUGCAGUUGUGAAUGGGGUGGUUUUCUUAAUUUCUCUCUCCAACAGUUCAUUGUUCGUGUAUAGAAAUGCAACCAAGUUCUGUAUGUUGAUGUUUUUUUAUCCUGCGACUUUACGGAACUUGUCUAAAGGCAAUGAAAUUAUCUCACAGAGGUAUCUGCACCCUCAUGUUCAUGGCAGCCGAGAUAUGGAACGACCCAAGUGUCCAUCGAUGGAUGAAAAGAUAAAGAAAUUGUGUGUGUAUACACAUAUGUGUGUCUAUAUAUACGUGCGCACACACACAUACACACACACACAAUGGAACGUUACUCGGCCUUUAAAAGGAAGGCCCUCGUGGGCGUGGCCAACGUGGCUUAGGGAAGGUCAGGGGAAGAGGCCGGGCAGCCGGAGGAGGGCAUCCCUGGGCAGGAGAGGACGCACCAGAGUGCGAGCCAGGGAGAGAGGCCCCAGGGCAGCAGAAGGCUCUAGGAUGACGGGACCACCCAGAGGGGAGCCUCUAGGCACAUGUGGGUUUUCCACACUCGAAAAAUAUGACCAGUGUGACCGAGGAACUGCAUUUCUAGUUUGCAUUUUGGUUCACUGAGAUUUAUGUUGAACAGGCCCACCCCGGGUAGCUGCAUGCAGCACUGCUCUGUCAGGGACGGGUGGGGUCAGCGGGUCAGGGCCGUGGGCGUCGGGCAGCAGCGGGCAGGUCAGGACCCGUGGGCGUCGGGGAGCAGCGGGCAGGUCAGGACCCGUGGGCGUCGGGGAGCAGCGGGCGGUCAGGACCCGUGGGCAUCGGGCAGCAGCGGGUAGGUCAGGACCCGUGGGCGUUGGGGAGCAGCGGGCGGUCAGGACCCGUGGGCAUCGGGCAGCAGCCGUCAGGUCAGGACCCGUGGGCAUCGGGCAGCAGCCGUCAGGUGCAGGUCCGGCAGGGCAGUGACUCGAGCCAGCCCUGGGGAGAAUGUGAGGAAAUGGACUUGGCUGGAGCCCCUUGUCCUCUGAGAGGUGCGCCUGUGCAGGGAGGGGGCUGCGGUGGGAAACCCCGGGCAUUUCCAAGCUGACGGGCUUGUCGGUAGAACCGAAGAGGUGGGUGCACCGGGCGGUGGACAGCUCUGCCCCUGUCCCUCCUUCCCCGGCGCCCCGAGGCUGAUUCAGAAGGGUGUGCUCCGCUGGGACCUGUCUUGGAGUGAAAAAGAACGUCAGCAGCUUUCUGGAACGGAAAUGUGAGAGCCAGGUUCUCAGAACGGUGCUAUCUGUUCUCUACGUUCUAGUAACUUCCUUCCUUCCCAUUCCGGCUCUCACUGAGGUCUUCCCAUCACUGGCUGAUACCCAUCACUGGCCCCGGGCCAGGGGAGGGGGCAUCACAGCCUCGUGUCCGCGCAGAGGUGAUGAUGUGUGUGACUUCAGGAAUGGCAGUGGCCCCCGCCCCAUCCCGAGGACUGCGGCUUGGGUAGGUGAGGGCGUACGGAGGCUGACGUUUCCCACAACCUAGUGAUUGUGUUAGAAGAAAAGGAAAAACUUCCUUUUGCCAGGUGAGUGUUGCAAGGUGGCUUCACUGGCUUAAAGCGUUUAUUAAAUUCCUUCUUAGUGGCGUCUAAAGGCCGCUGGAGUUCUAAUUAAGAAUGUAUACGUACUGCUCGUGUCCCCGAGUGCGUCUGUAGGGGCCGGCUGUUGACACAGGAGAGGAAACGUGGACACACACACACUUGGGGGCCUGGCUGGCGAGCUGCUCCCUUUCUCACCGCCCCUCCCUCCUGGUGCAGGGCCGUCUCACUCGAGCCUCAGAGCAGCCUGGGGUGGUGCUCCCGGCCCUUGGCCCUGGCUCUUGGCACACACGCCGUCAGAGGGAAGUGGCAGGAGGGCAUUUUCUACCAAUAAAGCUCCGAAUCGCUCUUCUGUGGCCAAAUGGAACGUAAGGAUUUGUUUGGAUGUUCCACGUAAGCCCCGUGGAUACUGUGACCUCUGGGACUCUGGCAGAACGGACUCCCCAUCCUAGCCCAGCGCUGUCCUCAUAGCCUUGGGCAGGUCCAGCGUCCUGAAGCUCAGCUCCUAGGGUUGCUGUUGGGACUAAGGAGGAGUUUCUAAUGCAAGGAUCGGCAGACAGGUCCUGUAAAGGGCGAGGCAGGCAGCAUUUGGGGCCGGGGGGCCACGUGGGCUGCACAGCUGCGCUGCUGUUCGGGCUCAGGGGCAGACGCGGCCACGCCAGCCAGACUCGUGGGGAACUGGGUGCUUCCCGCGCGGAGCUUAGGAAGUACCAUGCGCGCAGUGGGUGCUGGGUAAGAGCCCUUUUCUUCCCACACCGCUGUCCCCGGUAUUUUGUAAACUGUAAAAUUCUGGGUUCUAUUGCCGGGCUGUCACUGUUAUCAACCAGUUUUUAUAGAAAUUGGAACUGGGGUCUCGGAGCUCAAGUGACUUGGCCUCUACGUCAUUCCAGCGGCGUGUGGCCCAAGCAGGGUCCCACCACCUGGGCCCUGGCCGAGCACUCUGCCAUGUGUGGGGACAGUGGGGCUGCGGUCUGAGGAGCUGGCACCCUACAGCUCCCUGUGUGUGAGGGCAGGGGACCGAGCUGCAGCCUUCCGCUCUCAUGCGGUGGUAGGGCUGUGUGUUGAGCUCCUCCAGGGUCCUGGGGGCCUAGCUGGGCCCUUUCUGAGAUGCGGCCCCGUGUCUCACAGCUCCCGGCCGCACCAGUCAGGGGCAGGGGGCAGGGCAGGGCCUCCGGGCCCGUUGAAGGCCAGCUGCCCGCUGCCCCCUCACGUGCCAGGGCCCCCGCUGCCUGCCGCAGAGACCUGCGCGCCCCGAGGCCCUGAGCUGGCUCUGGUCCUGAGAUGCCCCGUCUGCUGCGGCAGGCGUGGCCGUUUGCGCCAUUUUAGGUGAAGUCUCCCCAUUGGUACAGCCUCCCUAUCCUUGGAGGCGGCGAGCACGCUGUCGCCAGAGGGGAGGCCAACCCUGCACUUCAACAGACUUCCCGGCCUCCCGGGAAGGAGCCCGGCGGUGUGGGACCCCUGUGGCCGGCCGGGCCCCGGAGUCACAGUCAGUGCUCGUUUGUUGGGUGCCUGCUGUGGGCCUGGCCCUGUCCUCGGCGCUGGGGACCCAGCCACGGAAGAGGUGGGUCCUGAUCUCACAGAGCCCGCCUCCCGGUCAGGGAGCCCAAGCAAACCCUGGGGAGAAGGUGGGCCUGGCUUUGUGUGUGGGGGGCGCAGGGCUGUGUAGCCAGGGGCAGCGGGGGGGAGGGAGGUGGUCCGCAGGAGGUGGCCCUGCAGGGGCGCUGCUGUGUGAUGGGAGUUUUGGGAGGGGCUCUCAGGGAAGAGCAUUUCAGGCUAACGGCGUCCUGAGAGCCCGGCCGGGAUGGGGUGGGGGCCGUGUGGAGAGGCCCGCAGGCUGCAGGCGAGAGGCACGAGCAGAGCUGGAUCUGCAAUAAUCAGGCACUGCGUGUGACUGUGCCCGAUGCCCGGGCAUCUCCAGGCUGGGACAUCUGGUGAAGGGUACAGUACGGGUGUUUCCAGACUUUAUGUACACCCUGAAGUUUGAAGGUGGAGUCAGAGGGACGGGCUGAAGAGUGGGAGACGCGGCUAGGUCGGGGGAUGAUUCUGGAAGGGCCUGCAGUGAUGCCCACUGCCAGGUGUCCGUGUCCUGCCCUCCUGCGGGCACCGCCCCCUAGUGUGGGCUGCAGGUGGUGACUCACUUCCUACAAGGGGAUCCAGCAAGCGUGUGGGGAUGUCACCUCUGAGACUGUGACCCCGCCUCUCUGCUCCCACCCUGGCUUGCUCCGAGGGGAGCUGCUGCCAUGUUGUCAGCUGCCCAGAGGGGAGGACCCGAGGCUGCCAUCAGCCACGAGCCUGGGGACACGAGAUGACCACGGCCCCAAGCUGGCCCUGGGCUGAGCCUGUGAGAGGCCCUGAGCCAGAAGACCCAGCCGAAGCAGGUCUGAGCCACGCCGACAGCAAGACGAGGGACGCCUGUCCUGCCCCGGUUCGUGGGGUUUGUCGAGCAGCAGGAGAUAAUUCAUGCAUUCGUGUCUCGGUGGCAGGAGAUGGUUCAGGCGCGUCUACUGUGUUGGGCAAGAUGGGGUGGGAUAGACUGGAGAGGGUGUGGGAGGGAGGAGUCCUGUCGGGCUUCCUGUGCUGGAGACGCCUGUUGGCCCUCGAGGGGAGGGGCCCUGGCCAGCCGGCGGAGGCCUGGCACUUGCUCCGGAGACUUGCAGGCAGGUGGCAGGAGGUGGCAGCUGUCGGCGGAGAGGCGGGCUGUGGAGGCCUGCGGCAGAUGAAGCCCUCAGCUGGGGCCUUGGAGUUUUCAAACCUGUCCUUGAUGUCCACACAGAGUGAGCACGGUGUUGGGGCCCACUAAUGCUUUCAGAUGAAAAAAAAUUUUUUUUGCAAAGGUUGGGAGGCGGGGGUGUGUGCCUUCCCAGAAAUAACUUUGAAUUUGGAGUUCAGCCUGUCAGUCCAUGGAAUUGUAUUUCAGUUCUCAUCAGAAAUGCAAGUUAGUUCUACUAGUAACACUUUUCUAAGCCCAAAGGGGGCGUAUCUUCUGAUGUCCUACGGGCAUCUGUCUUUCCUUCUAUCCGCUCUUCUUUCCCUCCCUCUCUCCACCCAGCUGCCUGCCCACCAAGUACAAUGUGAACCCGGGUGCACAAAAAACAGGGCGGGGUGGGGCUCCGGGACUCCACUGAGACAUGCGAGGCAGCAUCCCUGCCCCCUAGGGGUCCGCAGCCUGGGGCGGAGGUGGACACGUGAUGUAGUUAUAGCCCGGGCAGGAAGCGCUGUGAUGGAAGUGAUGAAGUAGGCGCCGGGGACUUGGGGGGCACCGCACUCUGCCCAGGGGUGCUGAGGAGGCUCCCCGAGGGGACCUUGAGGGUCGGAGGGUGCACGGGGAGUUCUUGCGGAGGCCGGGGCACAGAGCCGGCUCGGAGCGAAGCAGGGGUAGCGUGCACGGGAGGGAGAGCGUGUUCCAAGGCUGGAAGAGGCAGGCGCGCACGGCUUGCACUGCAGGGUCUGUGCUGGGUGUGGUUGUUCCCGGGGUGUUUGGGGGCCGGGACAGGACAGGGGCCGUGAGGGGCGGCAGGCCUACGGUCUCAUCCGCGGAGGUGGGCCAGCUCUGUUCCCAGAUGGUGACUUGGUUUCCUGUCCGUAAAGGAGAACAGAGCCUGCUCCCGUGGCCACGCCUCUAGCUCCACCUGUGAUGCUUACCUGGAGCUGUGGCCACACCGCCAGUCCCACCUGCAGCACGAGCUGCUACUGUGGCUGCACCUCUAAUCCCACCCGUGAAGAGUCCCCAUUGCUGCUGUGAGGGCCGCCUCGGGGCUCUGGUGAAGGCGCCGGGCACUCAGCUCUCUGUCAUGGUUCUCGCCAGCCCCGCAUCCUCCCGCUGGGCAGUGGCGGAUGGAGCCCUGGGGCCCAGGGGAGGAGCUGGCGGGGCGGCCGGGCAUCCUGCCGAGGUGUUCGUGUGGGCGCGGCGGAGGGGCCAGGCGUGCAGGAGGGCCCGGAGCUGCAGGCUCUGCCCCGUUGCUUGUCCAGCCUCGUCUUUGGGUCAUUGCUACCUUAGCGACUGGGGCUGCGUUCAGACGAUGUGCAGGCCUUCCCGAGGCUCCAUCCUCUGUUCCGUGGUCCUGCAUUUGCAGGGGUCGUUGGGACCUGCUCUUCGACUCCCGUGGAAGGUGGCCCUGGGCCUUCACACUCCGUGGUGCCCUCAGGAGUGUGGGUUGCGGUGCCUGGUGGUGGAGAGCGCGCUCAGUGCAGAGCCCAUGGGGUGCCGAGCAGCGUGCCAGCCGCGCGGCCCUCCUGAACCUUCAGGGCUCUGCAGCGCGAUUCUCAGUGACUCAGGCGGCGGUGAGCCUGACGGAUUGGGUUAAUCUAAUUAGACCGAGAAGCAGGUCGCCUUACAACAUACUUUUUCAUAAGCCCAUUAAGGUUUGAGGUCGUGAGCAUUUCACGUGGGCCCCCCUCCAGGAAGCAGGCGUAGAUCACUGUCAGCCGGCGAAGGCAAUAGAAAGGAGCAUGUUCAGUGAGACUGUGCUGCCUGCUGAGUGUGCGGGGAGGAGCUGGAAGAGGGCUGUACCCCCUGCUCCAGAGCGGCAUUAAACCAGCGGCCUGGGGAUUUAGGGGUGGUAUUGAAGAAGCAUGGAGAACGUCCUUAGUGACGCUAAGACUUUCUUUCUUCGUAUCUCCAUCAGGAUGGGUUUAUCAGAACUUAUUCAGGGCUUGGGGACUGUGGAGAUGUCUUCCCUCUGCAGGCCUGGCUCAGGCUGAGUGAGACCUGUGCCACUCAGUCCUUGCUAGGGGUCCGCGCGUCUUGUCACUUCCCUGUAGGUGCACCACCGACCUCCGGUCCUGGCAGGCUGUGGACUCUGGGACAGGCCCCCAGUCCCUUAGCAACCGGUUAGGUGCACCCAGGGGAUGACCAGGAACAGCCGGUGAGGGACCGAACCACAGAGAACAGCUGAGGAGGGAGAGACCCCUGGGGACACACGUGCAGCCCACAUCUAAGGGCCGGGCCUGGCGUUGGCAUCCGACCUGGUCUUCGGGCUCUGGGUGUGGAACUGGGGUGCAUGGGCAGAAAUGACAGGGGUUCGUAUCCAGAACGUGUUCCUGCUGGCUCUGCGUCUCCCUGACACGGUGGCCCCGUCUCCCGGGUUCCGGCUCCCGCGGAGUCACGGUGCUGGCCAACGCUGCCGCGGGCAAUCCCCGCGUCCCCCCCGCCCCCCAAAGCGGGGCUGCUGGAGCCCUGGCUGGGUGUCCAGGGUCUCGUGUGCAUGCGUUUCAGGUGAGGAGGCUGGAGGCCUCGCGCAGGGUUACACUGAGGGUAAUAGCUCUGUAGCAUUUGUGUUCAGCUUUAAAAUGACGCGUUUAUGAAUGUUUUAUCCGCACUGUGACCUGAAGUAGCUUGUCUGACAUCCUUUGGCCUCUGGACAGAAGGCUCAAGGGGGCUGUUGGAGGAGACCCAGAGGAGACAGGAUGUGUCCCUAUGCGGUGGCCCCGGGCGCACGGAGAGGGCAAGGAGGCGUCCGGCCUCCAGCCCAGCCCCACCGGCUGCAGAGCCUGGGCGUUCUGCCGGGGCUGGGAAGGGAGUGAUGAUCCCUGAGGUGUGUCUCUGUGGCCACUGAGCUGGUCACCUGCACUGGGCGUGGCCAUCCAGUCCCUCAGCACCUUGGGCGGCGGGAGCGCAGAGGAGGGGCAGCCCCAGGCAGGGAGGGGAGGCCAGGCCAGCAUGUUCACAGGGCGCCGGGAUGUGCCCUCAGGAGGCUGCUCUGGGAGCUGGCAGCUGUGUGGGACGUGGAGCUGGUGGCGUUUAGAGGGUCUCUGCGUGUGCACGUGCCCUGGGCGGCUGGCUCUGGGAGACGCAGGGGAGAGCGCCCUCCCGUCCGCGGCCAUCAGGCUGUGGCACGGGGCUGGGGUCCCUCAGCCGUGCUCAGGCUCAGGCUUCUUUUUGCCACAGAAUCUACUGACGCCCUUUGUUCACCUGCCCUCGGGAGGCCCUCUGUUCAAAAGCCUGGGCUUUGCCCCCGUCUGGCGACCGAAGGGGCUGUGCAGGCCUCGUGCGCUUGCCUCUUCCCCGGGCCACUCGGGCUGGGCUUCCCCGUAGGUGUGGGUUGAGGGCAAAAGGAAGGACUCAUUCACCUGUGCCUUAAAUGAAAGGCUAGAUUGCUGUCAGCCCAAGGGGCGAGAGCAGGAAUGCGAGACCAGCAGAGGAGGGGCCCAGCUGAGGCCGCCGCCCGGGGAGGAGCUGGCUCCCUGCGUGUGGGCGAGACAGGAAGCCCAGGGGAGGGCCUGCGACUCACAUGGCGUGCGUGGACCUUCCGUGGUGACACUUCCGGGGGUCUGCCAGGCCCAGGCAGUGCUGCCCUGGGAAGGACAGAGUUCAUCGUUGUUGGGCGAGGAGGGGUGGCAUCGGCUCUUUGCUGGCCCGCUUUCGCAGCCCAGAUGUGGCCCGGCCCCUCUGGGCUCUCUGGGUGGGCCUGCUGGGAGGCGGGGCCUGAUGUGUUCCCCAGCAUGUGCACUUGCUCCGCCUCGACCCCUGCCCCUGGUUACCCAGGCCUCCUUACCAGGCGGAGGGCAGAGGGCAAAGGGCAGGGUAGACGUGGGAUCUCAGGUGCUUGUGAUGGCGGCUGGCAGGCCUGAGUGGGGGUGGGACAGGCAGAGUCACAGUAGGCACUGGGACACCUACCCCCGCCGGGCCUUGCUCGUGUGCUGACCCCGUGCCCUUGCAGGACCCCCAGGUGCACGGGGACACUGAAUGAGAGUCGCCGUCCUUGCCUGGCUCCUCCCCCUGUGAAUGCCCUGCGUGGGGCGGGGCGGGGUCGUCUGGUUCGCUGACCCUGGCGCCCCGGCAGGGCACCCGCUGCUCUUUACUCAGGAGCAGUGUUGGGGGUGAGGACGCCUCGUGGGUGUGCCGGGGGACACGUGCUGAGAGCUCCUGGCAGACGUCCUGGCCGUCCCCGCAGGGGCGCUUCUCCUGACCACUGUGCCCUGGGUUUACAGACUCUUCUUUACGGGUCUAGCAUUGCCCGGUAAUUGCCCUGAUUUUUACGUCCUCUGGAAGAAACUCAAAAAGUAAAAGUUAGCCUGCGAGUUGCUUUCUGGAGCUUGGCCUGGUGCAUCCCGAGUGUGGGGAGUAUUCUCGAGGUUUCCAGGCCAGUUUUCCGUGACCUUUUGUUAACGAUCACGAGGAGACGGCCGUGGUGCCCUGGGGUGGCCACUCAGUGCGGCUGGUGGGCUUUGGCUUCUUCCUGGGCCCUGGGAGACCAGGCUUUGUGACAUGAGCACGGUGUCCUGGGCCAGCCAUUGGCUUCCUCUCGCUGUGUGAGCGUCGAGCUUUCCAAAUGCCAACCUAGCUCCUCCGCAGACCUCUUUGUACUUAACCGUGAGUGCAGAGAAGCCUGCCGAGCAAGGUACAAGCCUGCCCUGGGGUCACUGAACAUCAAGGCCCCCUUGGCUGGCGCCAGUUGCACUGCUGUAGAUAAACCUUAGACCACGAUUAAAUUCCCAGUGGGCCUCCUUCACUGCUCAUUUUCUAAAAUUUUAUAUUCUUUUAUUUCACCCUGAGAGUAUGUUGCAGAAACUUUUUAGAGAAAAGAAAACCCGCCCCCUGACGUAGCUAGCCACUGUGGAAGCAUGCUAACGUUUCUUCUGCAUCCUUUCUUGGCAGUUUUUAGACGUAGUAAUCACGUAUUAUAUACAGUUUUGCUUUCUGUGUUUGUUAUACUGCCCCAUCAUGCCGCUUUUUGUUUUUCUUUUCCCCCGUAUUAGUUCCUAGUCCUACAGCCAUCGCUUUAAAGGGUUGCAUGAUAUCCUGAUAAUAUCCUGCCCUGUGGAUAUGUUAUCGUCUGCCUAAAGGUGGUGGGUCAGUCUCGCAGUGUAAUUAUGACUGUGAUGUGACCUCUUUGUGUUUAGAGCUUUUUCUGUGUUAAUAGUCCCUUAGGACAGAUUCGCAGGAGCGGCCUUACGGGGUGAAUGGGCGUGACGGUGUCCAAGGCGCUCGAUGCGAAUCGCUCUGCAGGGGCCUCGCGUGGAUGUCGUGACCAGCGAUACGUGAGAGUGACGAUUUCUCCACCCUUGUCAUCAUCAGGCUUUUUAACUAAUGUUAUUUUUCUUAACUUGACUAAGCAAUAGAUGGUAAUCCCUCGA